AGUGCCACCCAAAUUAGCCCUAUUACUUAAUUUGAAUAUCAAUAUAAUAUUAUUCUGAAAAUAUAUGCUAGACAGUUAACUAUCUAGCAAAAUAAGAUGUUGAUUUUUUUUAGGUUUUCAGGCGAGGCGUGUGGGCUGGUCUAGGAUGAAGUAUAAAAUUAUACCACCUUCUGUUACUGGACCAGCGGAGUUUGAAAGGACAUUUCGAGCUCACCAGAAUAGUGUAGAGUUUUAUCCCAUCUUCUUGGUGGUAUUGUGGACAUCUGGCAUAUUUUGCAGUGAAGCAAUUGCUGCUCUUGGAGGACUUCUGUAUAUUGUGGGCAGAGAGAUGUAUUUUAUUGGCUAUAUUAAUGAAACGCAGAAAAGGUUGCCAGGGUUUUAUUUGGUCAUAUGUGUUAUAGUGUUCUUAUCUGUGAUGGCUACAUUUGGAAUUAUUCAAUCAUUCUUGCACAAAUACCUUGACAUCAAGCUUCACUGGGGAAAAUAAUAGUAUUUUAGCUAUUUAUCAAUGUUGUCAGCAACAUUUAAAACAUAUUUUAAACAUUAGUUUGGCAGAAGUUUAAUUAUUCUGGCCUGUUAAUAAUCACACAAACAUGUAAGCAGCCUGCUACUGUCACAACCCCAUUCUCUGUGCCUUCAUGUUUUUCCCCUUUAUCACCAUCUGGACUCCAUUCCCCAUGAUCCUUCACUCUCCUUACCUGAUCUUCAUUUGUUAUCAGCACACCUGCCAGCAAUCCUCAUCAGUCACCUUAUUUAUACUCUGUUUGUUCACCCUCACCUGGUUGGUCAUUGUUUGCUGUUAGUUAAUGUUUAUGUUAGUUUUAUGUUCCAGUUUAAGUUCCAGUCUUUGUUAUAUCAAUAAAAGUAUAAUUUCAUUUA